AUGGCUACCGUUGCUGCUCACCAGUAUUCCGAGGCUGCACACGAUCUUUGCGGGCGAUUGCGAAGCUCUUCUCAGCAAGCUGAAGAAGCCAUCCACGAACAGGCUGGCCGCAUACACCAGCAACCGUCGGUCGAGGUCGUCGAGCCCACCAAUCCCGCCAAAACCAGCGAGAGGAUAACUCAAUCCAAUGCCAACGCAUCAGACGCCAAGCCUGCUGCCGACAGCAACCUUGUGCCCAAGUAG